GCAAUUCCAGUUUGAAUUAUUAUGAUCCCCUUCUAUUCUGCCCUAUUUCAUGCUAGUGCAGAGGACAUGUCUUCACAGUACUUUGAACCCAGUGAGUGCUACCUUCCCCAAGGCUAAAUGUGACUAGAAUAGAUAUAUUACAUACUAGAGCUCUACUUAGUAAUAACGUGUGUGUAUAAAGAGAAUUUAAGGGUGCCAGGGGGAUUCAGGGACUGUCUGUUGGUGAUGGUAUUGGUAUUUCCCUGAUUAUUUCCAUCUCGGCCCCCAUGUUGUGCAGCUCUCUGCGGGGAAGUGACAGUUAUCCAGGUACAUACAGUGCUAAAUGGAACAAUUCGAGAGCAGGCAGUGGUUAUUUUCUUCAGUGUUAUAGUCGUGACUGUCACUACAUCUACCUUCAAGAAGGUCAACCAUACUUGGAUCUCAGGAGGACGAUGUGGUGUCCAUGGCGGAUUCCACCAUCACCGUGGACAACAUUGAGGGGGAGCUUUAUAAGAUUGAGAGGAUCAGGGACGUCCUGGUCAGGAGGGAGUCAGAGCUUAGAUAUAUGAUGGAUGACAUUCAGCUGUGUAAGGAGAUCACUCGUCUGAAGAAAGAGCUGCAGAAAUUAGUGUCCAUACCAGAUAACGACAAGUCCAACGAUGACCGGCAGAGGGAAGAAGAACUACUGCAGCAGAUCCACAAGCUGGUCGAGACCCGAGAUUUCCUGGUGGAUGAUGUGGAGUUUGAACGACUCAGGGAGAAAGAAGAGGAUAAAGAAAUGGCAGAUUUUCUGCAGUCCAAAUUCCCAAGAAAUAUGAAGAAGAAAGGUGUAUCAACCAGACGGGCUCCAUCCAGGGCUCAGCAGACCUCUUCUCCCUUCGCCAAGACAGGCCUCACUCUGCUAAAGGAGUGCUGUGGCUUCACAUGCUCCAUCAUGUAGACUGGAGUCAAAAUGGAGGGCCCCAUCGCAAGGCUGACACAUGGGGCCACAAAUCAAAAUUUGCCACUCCACAAGAGUCAAUAUUUCCAGUUUCAGCUUUUCAGUCCGAGAAAGACUUUGAAUAAUGGAUGGAGCAGUACAGAUGCAAGUUGAUAAUUCCCCAGAGGGAGUGUAAAGUAUGUUGUAAAGAUCAUGUGGUGUGUUUUCCAUGCCAAGACCCAAGUUUGUAUUGUUUGUCUGUUUUAUUGGAUUUUAUAUCUUGUUUUGUUGUCAUGCUAUCUCUGCUCUCCGCGUCUCUCAUCCCACUCCCAUCCCACUUUUUAUUUUUACUCUCGUUAAUCAUCACUGCUCAGCCAAAUUCUUCUGAUUAACUACAAGGAACAACCACACACGUUUUUUAUUUCUCUUUUUCAGGCCGAGAGGACAGGGUUUAAAGGACAGAAACAGCAUAGCACAAGUCAGGCAUGUAUUGUGUACACGCUAAUUGGAUUCAUCUACCAUGACACGCCUACAAGUUUUUUUAAAGACUUUGCAGAACUAUGAUAACUGUCAUCUCCUCAUUAAAAACAAGUAGCUGUUUUGCUGGAGUCAGCAGGCCAGUCUAGACACACUGCUGGCACUAUAUAAUCACCAGUAAGGCGAUAACAAGAACAAAACUGACAUUAAUCAGGAGCUCUGUUAGGAUGAAAAAGCAGAGGUUUGUGAAGAAAGAAGGGAUGUCUCAUUACGCUGCAUUCAUAUUGACUGUCUACUUUUUUAUAUGUUGCAAAGAAUUAUAGUAAAGCAUCCCACAAUAUAUCUUUUUAACAUUUUUUUUUUGCUUAUCCUCACUAUAGUGUAUUUUUUUUUUACAAGACCUCACUUUAUUAUUUUAUUACAUAUUUCUCACAUCAACACAUACCGUACAGUACUAACAUGUUGAUGGCAGAAGUGCUAUGUGAGGACACUUUCAGUAUUAGUACAUAGGUGUCCAUAUGGUACUGUAUCAGCACGGAUAGACCACUCUCACUUAAAUUAGUCAUUCUUAGUCCAGUGCGCGCACUUAAAUAAUCAUCCAUUAUGCAUGUUUCCACAUGCUGUAUGGAUCGGCACACAGCUGACACUGCAGGCCACUACACCUCAUAUAAAUAUAACCACUUCAGUGAUAAAGACAGUCCUCAUACACAUCAAGGCACACUUGACAAUGUUUUGAGUGGGUACAUUAUGUUUCAUAUUAAUCUACUGACUAGGGGCAAAACUCUUUAGCCCACUUCCACUAAACAUUAUGUAUUUAUUGCCACUCCAUAUUUUAUCAGUUAUUAUGUCCUACAUAUUUACUUAGAGAAUGUGUAUGUAAGGCUGGUGUUGCCAAGAAGAAUAGUAGCCAUAGCAACCUUGUAUAACCAUUAAUUUUUACAAUGAGACAAUGAGGAAGGUUGGAUGGAUUGGGGAAAUUAGACCUCAGGUGUUAUAUCAUGGUUACCUAAUGAGAUGUGAACAGGAGACAGAAUAUUAUUGGUGUGGUUAUUUUGGUGAUUUUUAUGUUUUUUAUUUACUUUGGUGAUAACACACAAUUUAGGAUUGAAAGGAUUUUACCCUAAUUUAUCCUCUGAAUUCCUUUUGCAUUCUUUUAGAUAGAGUAACAAUCACAUGGAGAUUAAGUGAACACAAGGCUGCUUUGCUUGGCUGGAAAGUAGACAUAUUGGCAAUAACUGUUUAUUCGAUGCUAAUUGAAGGUCUUUUAAAUUGUGGUAGUCAUUAUAGAUUAUACAUUUCUCAUACUUAUAUGCUUCCUUGUUUGUGUCUCACCCUGAUUGACACAGCAUUCUCUUUUAUGAUUUAUUCCCAACUAGUCCUUGGAAUGGAUACAGAUGUCUGUUAUGUUCAAUUGCAGGAUCUUUUGAUAUUCAGUCUCAACAUUGUCAUAGAACCUUUGGAUAUCACUGCACAACAAUGGCUGGUUUUGUCAUGGGGGUUCACAGGAGAAUUAGAUGUGUGCCAAUACUGAUGAAAUAACAGCCAUGGUAGAAACACAACAAAGUACCAGGAAAGGAUUUCUCUUCAUGCUGCCUCAUCCUCUUUGGCUAAUACAGAAAUACUGUAUUUAAAAAGGCAUUAAUGGUUAUAAAACGGGCUAACUUACAAAUGCACUUUGGAUAUACAUAUCUUGGAAAAACAAUAUAUAUCAUCUGAAGCAAAGAAAAAUAUGUUUAUACAGAAAUCCAAUAUGUGGAUAUGUCCCAAUCCAUACUUGGGAAAGUAUGUUCCCAAGGUUGAACUGCACAGUAAAUAAAUGUAUUCCUUUGCCCUAAGAAAGACCUUCAUCUAAUCAGUAAUUAUUUUAUAUGUUGAGACAGAGUGUGUGACAUGUUUCUGUUCUUCACUGUUCAAAUUUAGACAUAAAACCAUCUGUUCACACCAGCUAGAGGGUGUGUUAAAGCCCUUAACUGUGCUCUGCACGAGACAAGCCAGGAUUCAUGAAAUUCUUAGAAACGUGAAACAGACCAUAUAGCCUCCUGAGACUAUAUGAGAGACGUAGUGUUGCAGGAGAGGGAGUCAGAGAGAGAAAAUGAUAAAAGGAGAGAGGUUGAAGUGGCCGAAAGAAUGGGAGAUGAAGAAAAAGA